AAAGAAAAAAAAAAAAAUAGAGGAAUAAAAGCAAGAUAGAUCAAUUUAUAACAGUUCAUUGAACCACAAACAGGUUGGUUUUUUUCUUUAUGUAGUUAUUAUACCACUCUUUCUGUGUGUGUUGUGGUCAAAAAUUGAACUUUUUGGCGUGUUUGAGUUUGUGGGAUAUAAUUAUUUUUUAGAGGAGCAGGGCAGUGAACGUGCUCCUCUGUCUGGUACUCUUGAGCUUUGCACACAAAAUCUGUACAUGAUUGAAUUGUUGGUGGUGUUUUUCAUUGUUUAGUAGCACACCCCUUUUUAAAGUAUAUUAGCAGCCGGAGGAUAGUCUUUGAGAAAGAGAGAGGUAAAAAGAUAGUAAUUUUUCUUUGGAGUUCGGGCUUUGUUUCAUCUUUUGAGGUCUGCAACAAGGCCAUGCUUGUUUCUCCCAUCAUGGAGGUGUGAAAAAACUUACUCUUUUUUUAGACAGAAUUACUUUGAUGGGGAUUAAAAAGAUUUUUUUUGGAAGGCCGGUCUUCCCUCUUUGUGUAAAUUAUUUGAGUGACAAAAAACAAUGUUGUAAUCAUAGAAGUACAUUGAUUUGAAGAGAACCCUAUUAUUUGUGUUGCUCAGAUAUAAGUCUGAAAAUUAAUGGGUGUAUACAUAUAUUUUCUUGGGGGUUUUGGUUUCUUUUAGCGGUCGGAUGUCAAAGUGGGAGAAACAAGAAGAAGAAGAAGCAGACUGCUGAGAAAGGAAGAAGAAGAUAUAGUUUGUAGAAUGACUGAGAAAAGGCAAAACCACCAUAUGGUGGCUCUGAGGGUGAAUGAACAACUGGGCACAAAGAGAAAGUAUUCAAUCAUCCACAAAGUUUCAAACCCAAGAAUCUUGGCACUUUGGAUAAUGCUAAUGUUGAUUUUUAGUGCACAAAUUUAUGAUUACAUGGACGAUGAGUACAAGGAGAGGAGGAAGGAAGUGCUUGUGAGCAUGUGUGACCAAAGGGCUAGAAUGUUGCAGGAUCAAUUCGGUGUUAGUGUUAACCACGUGCACGCCCUCGCCAUCCUCGUUUCCACUUUCCAUUAUCUCAAGAACCCAUCAGCAAUUGAUCAGCAAACUUUUGCUGAAUACACUGCGAGAACUGCUUUUGAGAGGCCAUUGCUGAGUGGGGUGGCAUAUGCAGAGAGAGUUGUAAAUUCAGAAAGGGAAGAAUUCGAGAAGCAACAUGGGUGGACAAUAAGAACGAUGGAAAGAGAACCUUCACCUACCAAGGAUGAGUAUGCUCCAGUGAUAUUCUCUCAAGAAACUGUGUCCUAUAUUGAAUCACUUGAUAUGAUGUCUGGGGAGGAGGAUGGUGAAAACAUAUUGAGGGCACGGAUAACUGGUAAGGCAGUUCUUACGAGCCCCUUCAGGUUGUUAGGUUCUCAUCAUCUUGGGGUUGUUUUGACCUUCCCUGUUUAUAAAUCAAAUCUUCCUCCAAACCCAACUGUGAAAGAUCGCAUCAAAUCAACUGCAGGUUACCUUGGUGGAGCCUUUGAUAUUGAAUCCCUUGUUGAAAAUCUACUAGGGCAACUUGCUGGUAACCAGGCAAUAGUGGUUACCGUGUAUGACAUUACCAACUAUUCUGAUCCCUUAAUCAUGUAUGGGCACCAGUCUCAAGAGGGUGACAUGUCCCUUACGCAUGUGAGCAGGCUUGAUUUUGGAGACCCCUUCCGCAAACAUGAGAUGAUGUGUAGGUAUCUUCAAAAGGCUCCCCCGUCGUGGACAGCACUGACAACAGCAUUUUUCGUCUUUGUGAUUGGCUUUUUGGUUGGGUAUAUGAUAUAUGGCGCAGCGAUUCACAUUGUUAAAGUUGAAGACGACUUCCAUAAAAUGCAAAAAUUAAAGGUCAGAGCUGAAGCUGCUGAUGUAGCCAAAUCCCAGUUUCUAGCGACUGUUUCCCAUGAAAUAAGAACUCCCAUGAAUGGCAUCCUUGGAAUGCUAGCUCUGCUACUAGAUACAGAACUGAGUUCCCCACAAAGGGACUAUGCUCAGACUGCUCAAGCUUGUGGGAAGUCACUGAUAACAUUGAUAAAUGAAGUGCUUGACAGGGCGAAGAUUGAAGCGGGCAAGCUAGAACUUGAGGCAGUCCCUUUUGACCUUCGAUCCAUUCUGGAUGAUGUUCUAUCCUUGUUUUCUGAGAAGUGCAGGAAUAAGGGUAUUGAGUUGGCAGUAUUUGUUUCUGAUAAAGUCCCUGAAAUUGUUAUUGGGGAUCCAGGAAGAUUCAGACAAGUGAUUACAAAUCUUGUGGGCAACUCUGUCAAAUUUACUGAGCGAGGACAUAUAUUUGUUCAAGUCCAUUUGGCUGAACAAGCAAAAGCUAUGAUGGAUGUCAGAACUGAAAAAUGUUUGAAUGGAGUAUCUGAAUGUUUAGGACAAUCUAGCAGUCAUCAGUUUCAAACUUUGAGUGGUUAUCAGGCUGCUGAUGACCGAAACAGCUGGGAUACCUUUAAGCAUUUGAUUACCGAUGAUGACUUCCGGUAUGAUGCUGCCAGCAAAGCAAUGAAUGAUAAUACUCAUCAGAAUGUCACGCUGAUGCUGUGUGUUGAAGAUACUGGAAUUGGGAUUCCAGAACAUGCACAGAAACGGGUUUUCACGCCAUUUAUGCAAGCUGACAGUUCAACAUCUAGACAUUAUGGGGGAACAGGUAUAGGGUUGAGCAUUAGUAAGUGUCUUGUUGAGCUAAUGGGUGGUCAUAUAAACUUCAUUAGCCGUCUUCAUGUUGGAAGCACAUUUUUGUUCACUGUUGACUUCCAAAGAUGUGAGAAAAAUGCAGUUGGGGAUCUGAAAAAAACUGUAUCUGAUGAUCUUCCAAUGGCUUUUAAAGGGUUGAAAGCUAUUGUAUUUGAUGGAAAACCAGUUAGAGCAGCUGUCACAAGGUAUCACCUCAACAGGCUUGGUAUUCAGGUUGAAGCUGUUAGAAGCAUGACAGCAAUUUCUGCAUCUGAUAAAAAUGUUUCCCUGGUAUCUAAAACUGAAAGGCUGCCAGAUUUGAUUCUGGUUGAGAAAGAUUCAUGGAUAUCUGGCAAGGAUGAUGGUGUUAAUUUGCAGCUAUCAGACUGGAGAAAAAAUGGCCACUCUUAUAAGUUGCCGAAGAUGAUCCUUCUUGCAACCAAUAUUACCAGUUCUGAGCUUGACAAAGCCAAGGCAGCUGACUUUGCAGAUACUGUGAUCAUGAAACCUUUAAGAGCGAGUAUGGUGGCUGCAUGCCUUCAGCAGGCGUUGGGAAUGGGUCGUAAGCCACAGCACAAAGUGUGCAAAUCAACUUUCCUCCGUAGCCUGCUCUGUAGCAAGAAGAUAUUGGUGGUUGAUGAUAAUAUAGUGAACCGCAGAGUUGCUGCUGGUGCACUCAAAAAGUUUGGGGCUGAUGUAGAGUGUGCUAAAAGUGGUGAAGAAGCUCUUAAGUGGCUUGAGCUACCACACAGUUUCGAUGCCUGCUUCAUGGAUAUUCAGAUGCCCGAAAUGGAUGGUUUUGAGGCAACUCGACGGAUUAGGCAAAUGGAGAGUAUUGCAAAUGAACAGAUAAAUGGAGGAUGCACCAUUGAAGGAAUUGCGAGAAAUGGUGUGUGGCAUAUGCCAAUAUUGGCGAUGACAGCCGAUGUUAUCCAUGCAACCUUAGACAAAUGUCUUAAAUGUGGGAUGGAUGGGUAUGUGUCCAAACCAUUCGAAGAGGAGAAUCUCUAUCAGGCCGUUGCUAAGUUCUUUGAAUCCAAGCCCGUCUCAGACUCGUUGCAAGAUUCCCAAACCAGAGGGACUGAACUCUUCUAAGUCAAAACUGCGUUAUUGGAUUAAACUGGAAACCAGCAAUUUUUCAAAUUCUGCUGGUGUCGUCCGGUAAGGAAAGCUGUGGAUAUUCUUUCGUGGCUGUGGUUUGAACACGAUGUCUAACCAAGUUCACUUGGUUACCAUCUCCCCGCUUAUUGUUGUAAAUUAAAAAGGGAAAGAGGCCGAAUAUGUAGAAUAUGGUAUUGUUUUAUAGAAUUUUCAGUCAGACUUGCUAUUGUAAUGCUUUCUGAUUUCUUGAUUCCUAUAUUUAUUUCAUGAGAGGUCUAUAAUUUUAUUGCGAAAC